CUGAGUUUGUUAGUCGUUUUCCCAAUAUUUCGCUUUUUACGCACAAGACACUUUUUUCCUUGGCUUUCAAAUUGACACUACACAUUAAGCUUCGAAACUGUUAAAAAUAAGAUUCCAAAAAAUCUAAAAAAAAGAUAUAAAUCAAAUGAAAUAAAUUUGUUGUACUGAUACACAUUGCAUACCGUUAUUACCGUUAUUACUCUACUAUAACUUUUAAGGUCAAACUGCACUGCAGACGAAGAUUCGUCUAUAUUAUUCGCAAUAAGCUACAAUGAUUGUCAGUUAGAUGAUAUUACAUGAAAUAUAAAUCUCGAAUUCCCCUUUGGCUUGGCGGAAAAAGAAAAAAGGGAAGCUCCCACAAUGACAACUACCAGUAUGUGCCGAAGGAUGUCCUCGGCAGCGGCAUCGUUGCCUCUGGAGGCGAAGGAAGCAGGAAUGACCACAGCGGCCUCAACCACCAGGUGUUUAGAAUACUCAUCUCCGGCUACAUCGGUUAUUUGUGAGGAAGUAUUUGACGAAGCCUGUUUUCCAUCACAAGAGGAAAUCAAUGACUAUGCAACUCUUAUUGGAAUCGAGCCUCAAGGAGAACAGCAUUUGCUUUAUCUGGCCAAGGAAGGCCUAAUGGCCGCCUUGCCUUCAGACUGGAAAAUAUGCUACUCGGAGGAGAAGAAUGGUCACUACUAUCAUAAUACGCGCACAAAGGAGUCACAGUGGGAUCAUCCACUCGAUGCCAUAUAUCGCGGUCUGGUCGAGCAGACGCGUCAGAAAUUAGCAGCCGAGGGAGGAGCAAUGCCGCCUUGCAUUGACAACUCUGACGAUCUGUCACUAUUGGAUUCCGGCAUACGCAGCAUGCAGGGUAUCGACGAGAUUCCGUCUCCGUCUCCCCUGCCAUCGCCCCUGGGCAAUCUGAGCAAACAGCUAUCCCUGACCAAACUGGUUCCAGCCGCAUCCAAUGCGUCGACGCCUCGUAAGCUUGGAAGCGUCUCAAGUCGGUUCCUAGACCUGGCAAAGUCUAGGGUCCAAGGCGGCGCGGUAUUUAAAAAGACAACAGAGUCAUCGUCAUUGAGCAAGAAACUCGAAUACUUCGAGAGCAACGCCGAGUCCCUGGGAAAGGUACGUAAGGGAUUCGGCCCAGUGUCGUAUCAAAAAACUGCUGCUGCUGCUGGUCGACCAUUUGAUUUCGAUGGAGAUGCCGCUACAGCACCAGCAAGUGUUAAGGGUAUUCUCCGAGACUCUAGCAUAACCGACAUUAGCCGACGACUAGAGGGUCGUGAUGACCCAAUAUCUGAUAUUUCGGAGGAUAAGAAGAGCGUACGCUUCAAUCUACAGGAGAUUUCACAGGCACAACAGAACGCUUCGGAUUCGCCAGACGAGGAGGACAAUGUUGACCUGGAUGUCGUGGUGGUGAAGGACCAAGAUGAGGAGGAGGAGAAUGAAGGCAAUGAUUGGAAUGAAAAUGGUACCGAUUCGCCUGUUAUGCCAUACAGCUUAAAUCCCUUUUUGUGCGACUCUAUAUUAAGGAGCUCGAAGGACUUCCCUUUGGGUGAAGCAGCGAAGGCCAAAGGCGUCGGAUCUACUCUUUAUCACGAUGACACCGACUCUGACUCUAAGGGCAGCUCUGUCCGCAGCUUCAUUAUAAAUAAGUCGGAACAGGGCUCGCUUCAGUUGCCAGAGAAUAAAACUUUUGAUCUGGACGAGCUGGGCCGGAAGCACAGCUACGAAUUGGAGCAGUUGCAGCUAAAGUCCACACAGGACUCGGCUAGUGUGGCGGUCUGCGACAUCCCUCAAAAGUACGGAGAUCACAGUCUGAGUGAUGCCCAGGUACAAAAGGAUCUAGAGACCAUCAAGCGUGAGCACGAGGCGAAGCUCAAGGGACUGAGGCACGAGUACGACCUUCGGCUGACGUCCCACCAGCAUCAGCUGGAGGAAUCAUUUGAGCUGCAGCUUGAGGAGUAUCGCGAGCACUUGGAAAGCGAACUGCUGGACAAACGCGCCGUCGUUGUAACCGAACACAAGAGUCGCAUGGCCACGCUGCAGAGUAACCACGAUGAGAUCCUUCGUGAGCUGGAGCGGGAUCUGCACAGCGAGGAGGAGAUUGUACGCCGGGAACAUGCCGCCAGACUUGCUCAACUGCAGGCCAAGCUAAGCCGGGAGCUGGACAUGGAGAAGCAACGGUUCCGAGACAAGGGCGAGGACAGACUUUACGAAAAGGUGCGGUGCGAGAAGCGCUUGCUCGAGGACAAGUAUCGGUGCCUCAAAGAGAAAUAUGUACGCCUCAAAACAGACGUCAAGCUAUCCUUGGAGCGACGCAACCGGCGACGUGAGGCGCAGCAGGCCAUCUCACAGCACAACACCAAAUCCACCACUGGAUCCGAAACGGAGCGCUCGAUCUCGUUCAAACCUUCCAUUGGCAACAGUGACAAUCGUUCGCUCAGCUACUCGGAGCAUGCCGUGGCUGGCGAGGCCAAGGUGAAGCCACCUGUUCCGCCAAAAGGUCAACUUGCCAAGCCGAACAUUGCCACCAAGUACAUAAAGCAAUUGCAGCAGCAGAGGCACGAUGACAACACCUCAAUCAGUCAAUCGGACACGACGAUUUCAAACACUUUCAAUAACGGUGGCUAUCAUCGGCCAACUCUCAAGUCUGCCAGUGGUGGAGGAGGUGGCGGGCUUUUGGCCAUAACGCUGCUAAGCGACAAUGGCAACUCAACUGGUGAGGAACCGACGCCACAGUCCUCUAAUCAGGAGAACAACAACAACAGCAACAGGAUCAAGGGAACGGCAGCCACAGCCACGGCUGGACUAAGGAACGUCGUUUUCUCGCGCACCAAAUCGGCGUCAACAUCGCGUUUAAAUUCGGACACAAGCUAUAACAAGGUGGAGCGACCAUGCACUCCGGUGGAAAAUUUGCGACAUCAGCUUCAGAAGCUCGAAGACCUGGAGGAUCAGUUUCCGGAGCACACGCUGGAUGCCACCGCCACCUAUCACUUGCGCUACCCAUUCACUGAUAUCUCCAUCGAACACGAUGUAAUGGGUGUCGGGUCGUCGGAGCUGGAGUUCUUCAAGCAUCGAAUACACCUGGAACGGGACUCAGUUCGCCGGGCUAAGGAAUCAUUGCGGACUCAGCGCACAAACUUCAGGCUGCGGCAGCGUGAGAUGAGGCAGCGACACAAGGCCACCACCACGACGGUGACACCAAAGCACUCGCUCGGCCAGCUCAUACAGGAUGAAAAGGAACUAACGGAAAUGGAAGUGAAUCUGCACCGCACUCGUUCCCUGCUGGGUGAGAAGGUGAUACGAUUACGGCAUUUGGAACAGAGCCUAUUGCGCAUAUACGAAAAGGAAUCGAAUCCGGAGGCUAAGGACGACUCGGCAACGCUUAGCGAUCUGUCGUCUCACUCAAGCUCUGGCUUCAGCAGCACCGACUUCGCCAGCGCCGGUGGAGACUUGCACAAGCGCAAGGAGUACUACUUUCAGCAGGAAUCAAACGAAUGCAUACAAAAUCUGGAAAUUCUGAAUGCGGAAAUCCGUGAAAUCUUGGAUAUAUUUGGCCAGAAACAACAGCAACAUCACAGUCUACAGUUUCAGCAGUCUGUCGCAGCUCUACCAAUGGUAUCGCCGCCAAUCGUAACCGAUCUUAAUUGGACACACAUGCUCAACAAGCAGCAACAUCAGCAGCAGCAGCACUCAUCGGUGAUAGCCUCUGUGGAGCAGCAGCUCCAGGCAAACAGCAGUUCCAUUCAAAACUGUCAAAUUGCUGUGGAUGAUAUGGCAGGAGGAUUGGCGUUGACACACUCCCAUGUACCCCACUCAAUUCCGACACUGGCGGACCGUUUGGAGACCUAUCGUCAGCUGGCUGCCGGGCGCAUGCAGAGUUCAAUGGGCGGGGCGAUUCUAACCGCCAACACCAUCGUAUCGCAGAAUCCACGUGCCGUGAACUACACAACCUCUUUGGUGGAGCGUACCCGGGACUUGCGCAACUGGCUCCGGCAGGCCAAGAACGAACAUGAUUUACUAGUGGGCGGAAUGGGUGGAAUGCCGGCUGGCCAAUUAUCAGUUGGAGGUGCUACCAUAAGUAGCUCUGCCAGCACAUCAGCUAUCAACACUGUGGCUGGAGGAGCUGGUGGUGGUGGCUGCUCCUCAGACGAAAAGAAACAUAUUUAAAUAUUGUAAUUUACAUAAAUGAUACAUAUAUGUAGUUACUAAUUGGGUGUUCUUUUGUUUGUCUAACGAAAUGUAUUAAAAACUAGAAAAAAUUAUAUAUAGUAAUUGUAUUCUCGUAUUAGCCUAUUACACCGCACUGAUUACAGGCCUUGACUGUCGUGAUUAAAAGUGAAAUAGUUUUCCAGUCCUGUCGUAAUAUAAUUUCCAGGAUACUUUUGUCAUAUCUUUGAAAUUCGAAAUGAUUCUUCAAAACUCAUUGACUGCGUUAAGCCUUUUCCGCGUGGUUCCUAUUUCUGAUUU